AUUCAGCGGAUCGAACUCUCACCCAGAUGUCCUUAUUUCGGCAAUUUUUUUGGUUCUACCUCAAACUCAUGGAUACGCGCGCUCAUCAUCUUCGUACUCACCUGGGCGCUGCUCGUUUACGUUUUUGUCAAUAAGCUGAGUGCGCAACCGAAUUCGGACGCGGAUACGAUAACAGCCAAACGCAUCAAUCAGGCGCUGCAGCUGCUCGAAUACUCGAAGCAACGCAAUGAGGAGCUGCGUCAGAUGAUCGAGAAGUUGUCGAGUGACCAAAUCGACAAGCAGUCGGCGCAGCGUCUCAUCGAAAAGCUCGAAUUCAAUUUGCAAAACUCCAUAAACAUACAGAACCAAGAUGCCGCAUUGGCUGACUUCAUGGGCGCCGGCGACGGUGACGGCGUUGAUGCGGACACUUUCGGCGGCAUGCCGGCUCCAAAUGCGGGCGCUCAACGUGCUGCUGGCAGCGCGCACGAGCCCAGCCUGGAGUACGAGCUGCUACGUCGCCGUAUACAGUCGAACAUAGGCGAGAUUUGGAACUACUUUAGCAGUGAGUUGGGUAAGCUGAGCAAGCGCGCCGCGCCAACGCAGGCCGAAUUAACGCAGGACAUCAAUGAAGUGCUGCAACUGGGCGCCGAACACAAGCGCUCACUGUUAAGUGACAUGGAGCGGCUGCGGCAGGUGGAUGGUUACGAGGCGUGGCGUCAGAAAGAGGCGCGCGAUUUGAGUGAUUUGAUGCAGCGGCGGCUGCACUACCUGCAAAACCCGAAGGACUGUGCCAACGCGCGCAAGCUGGUGUGCAAACUGAAUAAGGGCUGCGGCUACGGCUGCCAGUUGCACCAUGUCGUCUACUGCUUCAUAGUGGCCUACGCGACGGAGCGCACAAUGAUCUUGAAGUCGCGGGGCUGGCGCUACCAUAAAGGCGGCUGGGAGGAGGUUUUCCUGCCGGUGUCCGAGACUUGUCUGGAGGCGGACGCCGCGCACGCCAGCAACUGGCCUGGGCGGCAUGAUAUGCCGGUGCUGGUGUUGCCGAUCAUUGACUCGCUAAUGCCGCGUCCGCCCUUCCUGCCGCUAGCUAUACCCGAGGACUUGGCGCCGCGACUCAAGCGUCUGCACGGCGAUCCGAUUGUGUGGUGGAUCGGACAGUUUUUGAAGUACUUGCUGCGUCCGCAAAGAGGCACGCUGGAGUUCCUCGAUGCAGGUCGUGCGAAAUUGGGUUGGAAGAAGCCCAUUGUCGGCGUUCACGUGCGUCGCACCGACAAAGUUGGAACCGAAGCGGCCUUCCAUCGCAUAGAGGAGUACAUGACACACGUCGAGGACUACUUCCUAACCUUGGAGAUGAACGCCACUACAGUGCCGCGACGCAUAUUCCUCGCUUCCGAUGAUGCGCGCGUCAUCGAGGAGGCACGCAACAAGUAUCCCCAGUACGAGAUCAUCGGCGACCCGGAGGUGGCACGCAUGGCCGCCGUCUCGACGCGCUACACCGAUACCGCGCUCAACGGCAUCAUACUCGACAUACAUCUGCUCUCUCUCUCCGACUACCUGGUGUGCACGUUUAGCUCGCAGGUCUGCCGCAUGGCCUACGAAAUAAUGCAAACGCUGUACCCGGAUGCGGCGCAUCGCUUCAAAUCGCUGGACGAUAUCUACUACUACGGUGGGCAGAAUUCGCACAAUCGACAAGUGGUCAUGGGCCAUCCGGCGCGCAAUCACGACGAGAUCCACAUGAAGCCAGGCGACCUGGUGAGCGUGGCCGGCAACCAUUGGGACGGUUAUUCGAAGGGCAAGAAUACGCGCACAAAUCAAGUGGGACUCUUCCCCUCGUUCAAGGUGGUUGACAAGGUGGAAACCGUCAAGUUGCCACUCUACGAGCAGGUGCAGGAGGGGCGGGUGUGAACGCGAGCGGAGCGCGUUGCGCGCACAAUGCUCUGAGCUGAGUUGUGCGACACUAGCGCGUUAAGAAAAUAUUUAUCAUGCAGUUAGGCAUUUUGUAUGUAUGAUUUUUUUUUGUUUUUAAUUUAGAUUUGUAAAAAUUAUUAUUUUAGUGCUGUGCAAUACUACUCUGCUAGAUGCUAGAUUUUAGUCAAUAACUAUAGACGCAACAUGAAAAUUACGUAUAAUAUAUUUUUAUAUGAUUUUUUGCGCGGCGAUUUUGAUUUUUCACUUUUUCGACCGCUAGAGCUGCACAAAACCUCUUACAACUAAAUUUUUGUAUCGUAUUUUGAUUGAAAAUCGUUUUUUUUUUUAAUUUAUUUUUGAUUGCGUAUAAAAUCGAAUAAGAUAUAGCUAUGAGUUAGGUAACUAUAAGUACAUUAAAGUAAGUAAACACCAAAAUGAACGAAAUUUGUAAAAUAUAACGGUUAUUGAUAACAUAAAACUUACAUAUAUAAAAAUACUAUACAACAAAAAGAGCAUGAACAGAGCAGAAAUAAUAAAGGCACUCGAAACAGCUGCACAAGAUCUUGAAAUAGGUUUUUGUUUAAGUAUAUAUGUUACAGCUGCUAAAAGCUUGUAGCGUUUUACGGCAAAGCCAACUUACCUCACUACUACUGGCUUCAUAAAUCUGUUUAAACAAUUUUUUUUUACUGCACUACAAAGUGCAUUGCCACGACUUUUCCCUGAUUCAGCUGUGGUGUAACUUAAAAACUAAAAAAUAUGUAAGUAGUAUGAGCUUUUCCCAAGCAAUAUUCCAGUGUAGAAUGAAGCAUUUUGAAAUAAAAAUAAGUGUGAUUAUAUACCACGUCAUGUUUUGUUAGAAUAAAAA